UUGCUCUCCAAAAAAACAUUUUUUCUUCCGUUCUCUCGUUUUACUUCAACAUCAGGUGCGGUUUUGGCAGCUUUCUCACGCAGGUCUGUGUAAAGUUUUAUCAUUUGGAUUAAGUGCACUUCGUCAACGACAACAUUUUUUCGGACCCUGAGCAUUUUUGAAACAGCAACAGAAUGUCUACCUUCAAGAACAUCCUUCUUUUUCUUGUUCUUCAUAUAUUCUUUGGGGAAUGCGCUGUUUUAUAUCAGAAAGCUGGGGCGGACCUUACCAUACAUUGUAAUGGUGUAUCAUCGAAAGAUGAUGUUGAAUGGAAAUUUAAAGAUACGCGCAUCGUUAAAAUUAUUGUCAGUAGUGGAUCUAAACUGAGAGGUGCUUUAUAUCAACAAGGAUCGAAUAAAUAUUAUCCAGAUACAAAGACUUUGAGGAUAACACGACUGGAGCCUAGUGACUCGGGGCGUUACUCAUGCUCACAUGGAAGUGAAUAUAAUGUGCACGUUGUGUCAGCUUUUGUUAAACCAGGCACAGUGCUUCCCCAAUCUAGUGAUGCAGAGUUGCACUGUAAUGUUGAGGGAGAUACCACAGCAGAAGUACAGUGGAUGAGACCUCCUAAUGCUGAACUAUAUAAUGUAAGAAAGCAAAAAGUUGACCUGAAAUCUUUGACUUUACAUGAUGACGGCCAGUGGACAUGUCAGGUUAAGGGCUUGCAGAUAAAUAUCACAUUAACUGUUGUAGGUCUCCAGACCAAAGAAGCUAUUGAAGUGCCUCAAGGGGGCGACGUAGUUCUGCCCUGUUCUCUCCCCCAAAUAACAUCUCGGCGUGUAGUGGGUGGGAAAUGGGAGGCUGACCAUCUUCCUGAAGUCUCAUCCGCAACUCUAUAUAACGCAGAUAAGACCUUACAAUGGAAGGGCCGGAACACUUCAAGAGUUAUAUUUACAAGUGGACAACUCAGCAUCAACUAUGAUAUCAAGAUAAUAAAAGUUCAGCCUAGUGAUGCAGGUAGAUUUGUGUGUACUGUGGAGUUUGAUGAUGGAAAGAAGCUGACUGCCAGCACAACGUUGACAGUUGUGCCUGGCACUUCAGGUAAUAAUGUGGUCGCCAGUGUGAAUGGGCCAACAACUAAAAGGAAGGGACCUUGGACCAAAAAUGUGCUUGGUGUACAGUUGUGGAUCUGGAUUGCUGUUGGAGCAAGCAGUGUGGUUCUGAUUGGAGUUAUUGUAGCGAUUGUUCUUGUCCAACGACGGAACAAACGUAUGAAGAAGCGAGUGAGACAUCUGAGAUCAAUGAGACAACCUCUUACAGCCAAAGACUACUGCCAAUGUGACAGAUCUGAGAGAGGGGAGGAAUUGGUAAAGCAGGUGAGGCCAGUUCCUGUCCCCAGACAUCAGCGUAACACAAACAGAACAAAACCAUAUAACUGAGAGACAUGUUAACUGGAGUGUGGAAGACUGAGGUCAUGCUGGGCCAUUGCUUUUAUAUGUUCUAACUGACAAAUGAUGACUGUAAAAUAAAACAAAUCAUUGACAUCAUAAGACAUUUGAUUGUGACUGUACCUUUUCAAAAUUAGAUUUAUUUUUUAUGUUUUGUUGUUAUGUGUUGUUUGUAAUUUUACUGAUAAUAAAAUGAAAUUGUUUCUGUACGUGGCAUGACAUAAUGUUGAAUGUUGCAGUUUUUGUUUACGCAAUAAAUCGUUUAAUACAU